UCGGGAACAUCCAACCAUUCCAGUUUAGUUAGCCCAGUGCCGGAAAAGAAAGCUCGCACCGCUUUCCAAAAAAUAGGGACGGUAAAAAAAUGGCAAUUUCUUGCCUGAAGAGUGCUACUUCCUCCAAGCCAGCAGAAAAUUCGUUCCUCUUCACGCCGUGCCACUGUCCGGUGGGGAAGCUACUGCACCAGCAGCAACAGCAGCAGGUUCGGUGUGAAAAGCCUCGCAUGCCCACCGUUCACCGGGUUUCGAGACGCACGCAAUAUCUGGCCAAACCGCGUCUCCCACGAUGCAGGUACGAACCACGGGCUGUCGCGCGUGGCCCCAAGCAAACGGAAGUGUGUCGUGCGUACAAGGAACCGUACGCUUCGAAGCGACUACAACAGCUCGCGCUACCGCACGUCCGGAAGCUGGUGGCGGCCCAGCAGGAAUAUCGCCGUUUUAUCGCCCGUCGGCAGCAGGACCAGCUCGAGAAGCGUAUCAAGAAGAGCAUCUUUACGGUGUACAGCCGGCUGGCGAAUGUUCGGCUGCCAUCGGUAGAUAAAAUGAAGGGAAUGUCCCCGGAAGAGUGGCAAAAGCAUCAGGAUUGGUUGGUAAGAAACGCACAGCCCAAGCAGGCGCCCGCUCCGGACGAACCGAAACGCGAGCGGAAGCCGUUGGCCGUGCUGAUUAACCGUAUCGAGAGCCUUUCGGAGCCACGGUUCGCGCGGAAGAAGUUCACCGGCCCGGGCAAGCCCGGUCCGGCAGCUAAGCCAGCAGCACUGAAAGCGAUGGCAUCGGACCAUGUAGCCAAGCUGGCCGAACCGCUGGAGAGACGUCGACGGGCCAAAGGAGUCGUGCUGGAGGACACACGGUUGCCGGAAAACGUGCUGAAAGCUGUGGCGUCGAGCCGGGUAGCUGAGUUGGCCGUUGCCAAGUCAUACCGGAACGUGAACAACGAGUACCGCGAUAAUCCGUUCACCGUGGAACCGAACGCUCUGAAGGCGAAACCGACCGACCGGAUUCUGGAGCUGGCCAAACCGAAAAAGGCGAAAAAAUGAGGCUAGUUGUUGAUUAUUACUAUUGGCAUGCUUUGAAAACGAAAUUGUAUGCGUGUUUAAGCAGAAAGGAAUAGCAAACGAACUUUGCACAAAAUAAGAAUUGUUAAACAGGAAGUAGUCGGACGGUUGCUUUUACCAACCAACGGCGCUUCCGGUACUCGGCGCGUUUGGGGUGUUUUAGUUUAUUAUACUUUAUUCGAUGACUCGUCAUUUUGCUAGAAACGUACAACGGUGGCGGUGACCUUUACGUCUGUUUGCUGUCCUCAUUUCCGUUAAUACUCUCGG